UCGCUGCGGUGAAGUGAAGGGGAAAAGAGCCGGCAGCGUGCAACCACAGCAUCUCUCUGUGCAACAAACUCGCAUUUCGGGAUAAACUGACAGACAGCUUGUGAGGACGAGUACACACUCAGUUUCCUCAACACAGCUGCCUCUGCAGCGAAGCCAGAGUAGAGAAAGAAAGAUGGUAUUUGUUUUGGUUUUGAGACUGCCGGGGAAAGCGCACAUCGGCAACUCGGAGAUGCUCCCGCUAUUAUCCCUAGUAGUGGUGCUGUGCAUUGGUGCGGCUUUGCCUCAGCAGGUGAACGGGGAUGAAUGUGAACCUGUGUCAUGUGAGGGUGAGCCUGACUGUUUCACCUACCAGCCAGAGGAGGUGCUGCUGUCAUCAACGUCAGACUGGGACAAGCCAAUUACAACAGGCCCAUGCCAGCCCAAUCCUUGCCACCAUGGUGGUGUUUGUGAGACAACGGAUGCUCAACAAGGUGAUGCCUUCCUUGGGUACAGCUGUCACUGCUCUCCAGGCUACUCUGGAGCCCGCUGCCAACACAAUAUAAAUGAGUGUGAGAGUGGACCAUGCCACAGUGGAGGUGUGUGUAUAGACCUGGACGCCAAGUACUUGUGCGUGUGUCCUGGAGAAUACACAGGGAGGAACUGCCAGCACAAGUGUUCUGGUCCUCUGGGCAUGGAGGGUGGCAUUAUCUCCAAGGGGCAGCUGUCCUCGUCCUCUGCCCUGCGGGACAUGUUCGGCCUACAGCGCUGGACCCCCAACCUGGCCCGGCUCCACCGCACAGGGAUGGUUAACGCCUGGAGCCCUUCGGAGAGCGACCGCUGGCCCUGGAUACAGGUGAACCUGCUGCGGCAGAUGCGUGUGACAGGCCUGAUUACCCAGGGUGCACGGCGGCUGGGCAGCUCAGAGUAUGUGAAGUCCUAUAAGAUUGGCUUCAGUGACAAUGCUGCGAACUGGAGCAUGAUGACAAGCAGGGGAGACACCCAGGAUAUGAUAUUCCAUGGUAACUCCGACAGCAGUUCUCCCAUGGCCAAUGCCUUCUUUCCACCAAUAGAAGCGCAGUACAUACGGGUUUACCCCCAAGUCUGCAGGGGCCAUUGUAUGCUGCGUAUGGAACUGAUGGGCUGUGAGCUCACAGGUUGUUCAGAGCCUUUGGGUCUGAAGGGGGGUCAGGUGCAAGACUCCCAGCUCACCUCAUCUUCAGUGUACCAGACGCUUGGCAUGGGUUUCCUGGCCUGGACUCCCAACAGAGCCAGACUGGACCACCAGGCUAAGGUUAACGCAUGGACCGCAGCCACCAAUGACCACAACCAGUGGAUACAGGUAGACCUGCUGGUCCCUACAAAGAUAACAGGUGUCGUGACUCAAGGAGCGAAAGACUUUGGUCGUGUCCAGUUUGUGCGCUCCUACAAACUGGCCUACAGCAACGAUGGAAUAAAGUGGACGACAUACCAGGAUGAAGGACAACACAAGGACAAGGUGUUUCAAGGAAAUGUUGACAACGACACCCACAGGAAGAACUUAAUUCAGCCACCCAUUUAUGGUCGCUUCCUUCGCCUCAUCCCCUGGUCCUGGUCUGGACGCAUCACAUUACGGAUGGAGCUCCUGGGCUGCACUGAGGAGGACUGAUCAUGUCUCUGAUUCCUCUUCCUCUCUAAGCUCUCUCACCUCUCACCUCUCACCUCUCGGUUUCGACCUUUUCUUUCUCUGUCUUCAGUCUCUCCCUGUCUCUUUUUUUCUCUCUGCCUCUCUCACUCUUUUUUGUUCUCUCCUUUCCGUGGACACUGCCCAAAUUAUAUUUGAACAUAGGUCACAAAAGGUCAUUUUGAUUUGAUUGUCCCUUCAUCUUUAAUUGAUUCUCUAUAUCUCCCAUGUAAUGUGUGUUCCAAUAGCUGUAAGUUAGUGUAGUGCCAAUACUAUACAGGGUUAAUAUUUCCAUGGCUGACCUUUGACUGUUUCCUCCACAACUACUAAGGACCAUAGUUUCUGAUGGCCAAACAGUUGUUGGAAAAAGCACACACCUCCGCUAAGAGUAAUCACAACAUUCAAAACGGGAGUUAGAAUCAGUGUAAAAUAAAAGUCACGUCAUUCAUGCCAUAUUAUCCGUAUUUAGGUAUUUUUCGCUGUUUAAUAGAAAUAUAAUGUUGUCCAAUGUGUGCUUACUACUGUACAACCUAACCACUGAUAUUGUAUCUAUGGAUAAUUGAAUACAAUUGAAUGUAGUAUUGUAAUAUUGUACUGGUUACAAAACAACAAAGAAUUUUCUAAACAGAAAAACAAGCAAUAUAUUAAUUCUCUCUGUUAAUUCAAAUUAAAGGGUUGGAAUCUGGUGUUGAAAUUUCCCCUUGGGGAUUAAUAAAGUGUUAUUCUAAUAUUCUUGAAAUUAGCUGUGGAAGGCAUUUGUGACCAGCUUGCUGAGUAUUAGGCAGCAAUCUAAAUAUGCAAAUCAUAGACUUUUCCCUAACCCUAGCUUUGUAGCUACAUCUUGGUUUGACCCUAACCUCAACCACAACCCUUUAUGUCCACAUCCCAGUUCAACCCCUAACAACAACAUCUAAAAUUUCAAAUCCACAGCCCAGUUCAACCCUAACAACAAUGCCAGUUCAUCUCAGACUAUUGCUUACCAGUAUUAGCUUCGUCUUAUCAUUUUGGAUCCAUUCACAUUUAAAUAUUGAAUGAGGGAAAUUGCCUUCCCAUCCUCUCCCAGCUGAAAUUAUGUGGCUGACUGGUAAUUACUGAAAAUCUGGGAAAAGAACAUCAUUGCCACCAGCUGGAUGAUGGUAGGUAUUGCAGUGAAGAAGAGAGAUAGAGUAUCAUUGCCAUCUGCUGGUCAAUGUUUGGAAUUGCAGUGAGGAGAAAAAAAGAAAGCGAGAGAGACAGAUAGACAGACAGACAGAUAAACAGAGAGAGAGAGAGAUAGAGAGAGAGA